AUGCUCCGCCGCCCGCCCACGACGCUCGCCAUCACGGCCGAGGACGUGGCCGCCUACGAGGACCGCCGCGCCGCCGAGGCCCUGCACGCCGAGGCCCAGCUGCAGCUGCAGCAGCCGGACGCCGCCGCCGCCGCCGCGCCGCCUCGGCAGGUGAGUCCGCGCCGCGCGCGGGAGGAGCGGAUUGGUGUGGCGCGUCGUGCGGGCCGGUGA